GCCGCCUCCUCCUCCUGCGGGACUAACAGCGGCCGCGCGGCUGCCUCAGUUUCGCCCUGUCCGCGGUGGCGUUGGCUGGCCUGUGCCCGAGCAGGCAGGCGAGAGCCCCGCCAUGAACCUGCACCAGGUGCUGACGGGGGCCGUCAACCCCGGGGACAACUGCUUCUCCGUGGGAAGCGUCGGAGGGCAUCCCUUCACGGCAUAUGCAUCAGGCUGUGAUAUUGUGAUAUUGGGGACUGACUUUGAAAGAUUACAAAUAAUUCCUGGAGCAAAACAUGGCAACACACAAGUGGGAUGUGUGGAUUGUUCGAUGCAGCAAGGGAAGAUUGCAGCCUCCUAUGGAAAUGUGAUUUGUAUUUUUGAGCCAGUUCAGUGUCUGAAAGAGAAGCGUAAUUUUCAUACUGGGCUGCAUUAUCAGUGGCAGAAAUCAGGUCAAAUUUCUCUGGAGCAUACGGUGCAUAACUUAACAUGGGACCCUACAGGCUCUCGUCUGCUGACUGGUUCCAGCUGUCUGCAGCUUUGGUCCAAUAUCAAUUUUGAAAACCUAGCAGAAGAUGAAAACCAUGAAAAAACAGAUGUUCAGGACUGGAGAAUUAUUUGGCAGUGCAAAACUGCUUCGCAAGUUCAUCUAAUGAAAUUUUCACCAGAUGGAGAAUUUUUUGCUACUGCUGGGAAGGAUGAUUGUCUUGUGAAGGUGUGGUAUAAUACUGAUAGCUGGAAAUCAGCAGUUGCUCCUCAAGUUCCAACGCCAGAACCUAUCACACAGGAAGUAGAUUUCUCAUUUAUUUAUUUGGUUCACCCUCGGUCUGUUAAUGGAUUUUCAUGGAGAAAGACGAGUAAAUACAUGCCACGUGGUGCUGUUUGCAAUGUACUGCUGACAUGCUGCAAGGAUAAUAUAUGUCGUCUGUGGGCAGAAACUUUGUUGCCUAAUGAUAGUCUGCUGUACGGGGAUGGAUGCAGCCAUUGGCCUGAGCCAGUGAAAUUAACUAAUAACUUUAAGAGAAAUGCUUCUAGUAAGGAAAGUAUGAAGAGUGCUUUAGAGUUAAAUCUAAAGCCCUUUCGACGAGGCAGAAGAAGGUCUAUAGCACUUGCACAUACUGGGUACUUGCCACAUCAGCAGGAUCCUCAUGAAGUUCAUCGAAACACUCCACUGCAAUCAAAUGCACUUUGCCACUUUCAUAUUGCUGCCAGCAUCAAUCCAGCCACAGACAUUCCCUUGCUCCCUUCUAUCAUGUCUCUGAGUCUUAAUGAAAAUGAAGAAAAAAGUGGACCUUUUGUAGUGCAUUGGCUAAAUAAUAAAGAAUUGCAUUUUACUUUAUCAAUGGAGGUCUUUUUACAACAUCUUAAAAAGAAUUUUGAGCAUAUUUCUUCAGAGGCCAGCACAGAAGAAUCUAAUCAAAUAGAUAUAAAAUUGGAUGAAGAAAUGGAUGAAAAUAGAGAUGAUUACAAAGGAAAUCAAGAACAAUUAGAAUCUGGUGGUGAAAAACUUGUUUCAAAUUCAAGCUAUGUUCCUUUGCCUUCUGCUGUUAUUGAUCAUGAAACUGAAGUACAGCUAUCUGAAUGGAAUAAAAAUGCAGACAUGUUAUUUAGUAUUCAUCCUAUGGAUGGGUCAUUGCUGGUAUGGCAUGUAGAUUGGCUAGAUGAAUACCAGCCAGGCAUGUUUCGUCAAGUACAGGUGUCAUUUGUUUCAAGGAUCCCUGUAGCCUUUCCCACUGGAGAUGCAAAUUCACUUUGCAGAAGUAUAGUGAUGUAUGCUUGUACCAAGAACGUUGAUCUAGCUAUUCAACAAGGCAAACAAAAAUUAUCUGGCUUUGGCCAUUCCUUUUGCUCCAUGUUAAUCUCUUCAGGGCACAGCAAAUCAUCGAACAGUUUAAAAUUAAGCAUCUUCACCCCAAAUGUUAUGAUGAUUUCUAAACAUGCAGAUGGAUCUCUCAAUCAAUGGCUAGUCAGUUUUGCAGAGGAAUCUGCUUUUUCAACCAUACUCAGUAUUUCCCACAAAUCAAGAUACUGUGGUCAUCGUUUCCAUCUUAAUGACCUGGCUUGUCAUUCAGUACUGCCACUGUUACUUACAACCUCCCAUCAUAAUGCGGUAAGGACACCAGUUGUUGAUAGCACGCAAGAGGCACGUGAUGACUCACCUUCAAGAUCUCAGAAUAAAAGCUCUGCAGGCAUGUUGUCACAGGAUUCCACUACUGUCUACAGUGAACUUAUCCUUUGGAGAGUUGAUCCUGUUGGGCCACUGUCUUUUUCUGGUGGAGUUUCUGAACUUGCACGAAUCAAUUCCCUUCAUGUAUCUGCUUUUUCAAACGUGGCAUGGCUGCCUACCCUUAUACCCAGUUACUGUCUUGGCACAUAUUGCAAUUCCCCAAGUGCUUGUUUUGUUGCAAAUGAUGGACAGUAUUUGAGACUGUAUCAAGCUAUCAUAGAUGCGAAAAAGCUUCUGUGUGAACUGUCAAAUCCAGGAAUUUCUAAAUAUGUUGGUGAAGUAUUUAAUAUCAUAAGUCAACAGUCCACAGCCAGACCAGGAUGCAUUGUAGAGCUGGAUGCUAUUACAGAACUGCAUGGUGGGAAAAUGCAGUUACUUCAUGUUUUUCAAGAAGAUUUCAUUUUGAAUCACCAUGAGACUAAACUGUCAGAAAAAAACACCAUGUUAUCAGACUCUGGAUAUCAGAAAAAUGGAUUUUCUGAAAAAUUCUAUUUAGUUGUCAUUGAAUACACACAGAACAGCUCAGUGUUACGCAUGUGGAAACUACAUUUGAAGUCUGUACCAGCCUCAGUGGAUGAACAAAUAAAUUCAAAAACAUCUAAAACAACAUCACACCAAGAAGACCUCUAUUGUUCUCCAGAUCAAGAGAAGCUCCAGUGUUCUCUCACACAAAAAUAUGAAACUUGCCGAGAGAAACUUCAAAGUACCAGCCAGCUUGCUCUUUUUUCAGAGCUGGUUUAUAGUCAAGAACUGAAUUUGCCACAAGGAGUAGAGAUAAUAAGUAUAAAGCCAUCUGCAGGUCAUUUGAGUUCUUCCUCCAUAUAUCCAGUCUGUCAAACUCCUUAUCUUCUUGCAACUUUAUGCUCGGAUGAUAAGGUUAGAUUUUGGAGGUGCAGAGUGACGUUGGAAUCAGGUAUUGUUUCUGAACCAGGGAGAAAUUCAAAUAUUGGUACGUAUGUAUGGGAAGAAUGGCCACUACUAAUUGAAGAUGGAUUUCUUAGUAGCAGUUCCCUUAAUGUGCCAGGGAAACCUCUUGAAAUUAGUUGUGCACAUACAAAUCGAUUAGCUGUGGCAUACAAGCGAAAAAUGCCCCAAAAUGGUGGUUCUUCUCAAGACUCUUCAGUGAAUGUUGGCAUUUUUGAAUGUGAAUCUACUGGAGGAUCUUGUUGGAUCUUGGAACAAACUCUUCACUUGGAUGAAUUAAACCCAACAUUGGACUCUUUGGGUAUUGAUAGUAAUUCAGUGGCAGAUGGAAAGGAGAAUGUAAUACCCAGCACAAAACAUUUAGUUCACUUAGACUGGAUGUCUAGAGAAGAUGGCUCACAUAUCCUAACAGUAAGUAUUGGGCCAAAGCUUUAUAUGUUUGGUCAUCUGGCUGGGAUAUUGCAGGAACAAACUGGUAAAGAAAUAUUUGUCUUGCCACUGUGGGAGAAUGCUAAGACUUCAGGCCCUUCUAGAUUUGUACUGCUGCGAUGUGUGGAUUUAGUAUCAUCUGUAGAAGGCUCACCUCCUUUACCUGUUUCUUUGUCUUGGGUUCGUGAUGGCAUCCUUGUAGUUGGAAUGGAUUGUGAAAUGCAUGUUUAUUCUCAGUGGCAGCCUCUUUCAAAACAAGAGCCUGUUUCCAUAGACUCCUACAGUGGGAGUACACCAUCCAUAAUAAGUUUAAUGAAACAAAACCAGUCAUCUGGUCUCCACCCACCAAAGCGAACAUUAACCAGAUCAAUGACAAGUCUUGCUCAGAAACUUAGUGGAAAGAAAACUGCAUUUGAUAUGUCAUUAGAGUUGGAGGAUUCUGGACUGUUUGAAGCAGCUCACGCAUUGUGUCCCACUUUACCUCAGUACCACCCUCUUCAGCUCCUGGAACUCAUGGAUCUAGGAAAAGUACGUAGAGCAAAGGCAAUUCUGUCUCAUCUUGUUAAAUGCAUUGCUGGAGAAGUUAUUGUCGUAAAUGAAUCUGAACCCAGCCAUGAAAGGCGGCACCACUCUCUCUCAAUUUGCGCCAGUGGGAGCACCACACGGGACCCGAAGACAUUCAGCCAACGCCUUAGUGAAGUUUCAGACUAUACAGAAAUAGACUCUGUUCCACCACUUCCUUUAUAUGCAUUGCUUGCUGCAGAUGAGGAAGGUUCGUAUGCUUGUACAGAGAAGUUGAACAACCCAAGGAACAUUAACAAACAAAAUGUGCCAGAUGAAAACUAUGAAGAUCUUUUUCAGAAUUCUAGUCUUCAUACAGAUGACCUCACUUUGUGUGACAUAGAUGAAGAAGACAAAAAGCCAAGUGUUAUCGAUCUUUCUCAGUAUAAUCCAACUUACUUUGGACCAGAGCAUGCCCAAGUUCUUUCUCGUCACUUGCUUCAUUCUAGUUUACCAGGCAUGACCAGGAUAGAGCAGAUGUCAUUAAUGGCCUUAGCUGAUACAAUUGCCACUACCAGUACUGAUAUAGGAGAAAGCAGAGACAAAAACCAAGGAGGAGAAACACUUGAUGAAUGUGGCUUAAAAUUUCUUUUGGCUGUCCGUCUUCACACCUUUUUGACAACCUCUCUGCCACCUGCUCACAGAGCCCAACUACUUCAUCAAGGUUUGUCUUCUAGUCAUUUUGCCUGGGCAUUUCAUUCAGUAGCAGAAGAAGAACUGUUAACCAUGCUACCAGCAAUGCAGAAACGUGAUCCCACAUGGUCGGAACUCAGAGCAAUGGGAGUAGGAUGGUGGCUUCGAAAUACUCAUAGUUUGCGCAGGUGCAUUGAGAAGGUUGCUAAAGCAGCCUUUCAGAGAAAUAAUGAUCCACUAGAUGCAGCCAUUUUUUACCUUGCUAUGAAAAAGAAGACUGUGAUUUGGGGGUUAUACAGAUCCUUAAGAGAUACUAAGAUGACACAGUUCUUUGGACACAAUUUUACUGAAGACAGGUGGCGCAAAGCAGCACUGAAGAACGCUUUUGCUCUUUUAGGAAAACAACGUUUUGAACAUUCUGCAGCAUUUUUCUUGCUGGCUGGUCACCUAAAAGAUGCAGUCGAGGUCUGUCUAGAGAAGCUACAUGAUAUUCAGUUGGCCCUUGUAAUAGCCAGACUUUAUGAAUCAGAGUUUGAAGUAUCUGGGACCUAUAAAUCAAUUCUCCAGAAAAGAAUUCUGGGAGGCCGGCAUCAUAGCAAGGAAAGUCCAUUAAACAUACACAAUGAUCCUUUUCUUCGAAGUAUGGCUUAUUGGAUUUUGGAAGAUUAUAGCCAUGCUCUUGAUACUCUUAUAAGUCAACCCAUUUUGAAUGAGGGAGAUGAAGGAAACAUCUCAAAUUGUCACCCUUCAGUAUUUAAUUUUUAUAAUUAUCUAAGGACACAUCCUCUGUUGUUGAGACGUCAUUUUGGUUCUUCUGAUUUAUCUUCUACAAGGAUUUGUGUAACUGGAGAAAAUGGACUAGCAGAUGAAAUCAAUUUAGAUGAAAGAAGAUUGUUCUUCACUGCAGCAUAUGCUCACUUAAAGACUGGUUGCCCCAUGUUGGCUUUAGAAGUGUUAUCAAAGAUGCCCAAAGUAGUCAAAAAGUCCAGGACUUUAGGGAAAACACCUAGUUUAAUAGACACUAGCAAAGGCAGUUCAUCUGAUUCUCCAGUGCCCAUGGACUCAAUGGAUGACCAGUCUCCCAGCAUUGAUUGGUCACAACCAGUAGUAAAUGGUUUAGGAUCAUCUUCAGACUUCUCAGACAAACAUUCAAACUCUGCACUUUCUUUUGAUUGGAGUCAGCCAAGUAUGGUCUUUCCAGAUGAAUCUUUGGAGGUAAAGUGGGAUAGUGAUAAAGAUGAGGAAAGUGAAGAUUCUUGUCUUGAAAUGAAACCUUUGCAGAAAACAGUGCAUGAGAAACCAAACAAAGUUAGUACUAACUAUGCAGAAACUUACAGUGAAGCUGUUGAUGAUGAUGCUUUAAGUUUAUCACAAGACAUCAUUUCAGCACAGCUGAAAUUUAGGGCAUGCCUGAAGAUUCUCACCAUGGAACUCCGUACAUUAUCCACUGGCUAUGAGGUAGAUGGUGGAAAAUUAAGAUACCAGCUUUAUCAUUGGCUUGAAAGAGAAGUGGUAGCUCUUCAAAAAACUUGUGACUAUAGUGUAGAAGCAGAAGACAUUCAGUCAGGUAUUAGCCCAGUAGUUGAUGAAGCUUCAUUAAGUGGAAUAGCUGAAGAACCAUCAGACAAACAGCUGAAAGUACAGCAGAAAGAAAAUUCUCAGAGAAGACAGUGGCUUAUGAAAUACCAGUCACUUUUGAGAAUGUUUCUAAGUUACUGCAUCCUCCACGGAUCGCAUGGUGGAGGUUUGGCAUCUGUAAGGAUGGAACUGAUUUUGCUUCUCCAGGAAUCCCAGCAGGAACAGACAGAGCAGUUGCCUAUUAAUAACAUAUCAGAAGAGAGUUCAGUACCACUUUUGUUUGCCUGUACUGCAAGUGCCAAAACUGUGGUGGCCAAUCCAUUAUUACAUCUUUGUAACCUGACACAUGACAUACUACAUGCAAUCAUAGACCUUGAUUCUCCACCCCAUCCAGAUGUACAGAACAACAAGAUACAUGUAAUGCAUACAUUAGCAGCAUCUCUGUCGGCGUGCAUAUACCAGUCUCUUUGUGGAAAUCACAAUUAUAGUUCAUUACAAGCAAAUCAGUUCACUGGAACAGUUUACCAGACGCUGCUGCUUUCUCAUCGACGUUCUUUAAGAACUGCAAGCUUAGAUGAAACAGUAACUCCCAAUACUGCACCUGCUCAAUGGCCAGGAAUAACAGCUUUAAUACAGUUAUUGAAUUGUGCUGGGGAAGAAGCCCAGCCUGGGAUCACAAUUUUGCUAUGUGAAAUUCUGACCGCAGUCUAUCUUAGUCUCUUCAUCCAUGGUUUAGCUACACAUUCCACCAAUGAAUUGUAUAGAAUCGUGGCCCAUCCUCUGAAUGACAAAAUGUGGUUUGCUGUCUUUGGUGGAGGAGCAAAGAUCCCUAAAAGAGGACAAAUUCAACAAACAGCAAAGACGGCUUGUCCUCCUGUAGAUGAUGGCGAGAAACAGCAUAAACGGUUUAGACUGUCAUCAAAAUCAUCUCCAAAAGAGAGUUUGCAUCCUACUUCUUUACCUUUGGUAGAGCAAGACUCUUCAAAUUACAGAGAGAAGUUUAUCCCCCCUGAACUUAGUAUCUGGGACUAUUUCAUAGCAAAGCCAUUUUUCCCUUCAUCACAAAUGAAAGUUGAAUAUGACUCUGAGGAAAGUCCAGAAAGCAGUGAUGAUGAAGAUAGUGAUGAUGAACACUUGAAGCUUCAAGAACACUCUAAUUCAAAUUCAUAUAGUUGGUCACUGAUGAGACUGGCUAUGGUUCAGCUGGUUCUUCAAAAUUUGAAGGUUUUCUAUCCUUUGGCUGGGCAUGAUCUUUCAGAUCUUCCGGUUAGCUCUCCAUUGUGUCACGCAGUUUUAAAGGUACUUCAGCGCUGGGAGCAAGUUCUUCUCAGACGACUUGAAAUGCAUGGUGGCCCACCAGAAAAUUUCAUUUCUGUUCAUACUUCAGAAGAUGCAUCCUCUUCAGGUCCUGCACUACUCCGCCACAAAGCACUGCUAGAACCUACAAACACCCCUUUCAAGUCUACAAAUCAUAGUGCUCUCUCUGUGAAGAGGCUUUGGCAAUAUCUCAUUAAACAAGAAAUGGUCCAGGAAACCUUCAUCAGAAACAUAUUUACAAAGAAAAGACAGUUAAAUGAGUCAUUAGAAGAGCAAAAUGAACCUAUCAAAAGUCCCCCAGUUGAAGAACAUGGAAAUAAGAUUGAGUACGAUUUGGGAUAUCCAGGAAGUAAAGCAAGAAUCAUCCAUAAAGAAUCUGACAUUAUUACUGCUUUUGCUGUCAAUAAGGCCAACAGAAACUGUAUUGCUAUAGCUUCCAGUCAUGAUAUUCAAGAGCUAGAUGUUUCUGGAAUUCUAGCUACACAGAUAUACACUUGGCUUGAUGAUGACUUAGAAGCAGAAGCUAAAGGAUCUGAUGACUUCUUAGUUAUACAUGCUCGUGAUGACCUGGCUAAUAUUCAGGGAACAACGCCAUAUACUCACAGCAACCCUGGCACUCCAAUCAAUAUGCCUUGGCUCGGUAGUACCCAGACUGGAAGAGGGGCUGCUGUGAUGAUCAAGAAGGCAAUCAGUAAUGUCCGAAGAAUGGCUUCCCACCCAACACUGCCUUACUACUUGACAGGUGCUCAGGAUGGUAGUGUGAGAAUGUUUGAAUGGGGCCAUUCUCAGCAAAUUACAUGUUUCCGGUCUGGUGGCAACUCUAGGAUUACGCGGAUGAGAUUCAAUUAUCAGGGCAAUAAGUUUGGGAUUGUUGAUGCUGAUGGAUAUAUAAGUCUGUAUCAGACAAACUGGAAAAGUUCCUUACAUACAGGAAGCACACCCAAACCAUAUUUGACUUGGCAAUGCCAUAACAAAACAGCCAAUGAUUUUGUUUUCAUAAGUUCUUCAUCUUUGAUAGCCACAGCUGGGCAAUCUACUGACAACAGAAAUAUUUGUCUGUGGGAUACUUUGGUUGCACCUUCUAGUAGCUUAGUGCACGCUUUUACCUGUCAUGAUACUGGAGCAACUGUCUUAGCAUAUGCCCCCAAACAUCAGCUGUUAAUAUCAGGGGGCAGAAAAGGCUAUACCUGUAUAAUUGAUCUUCGCCAAAAGCAACAACGACAGCUUUUCCAGAGUCAUGAUUCUCCAGUUAAAGCAAUUGCUGUGGAUCCAACAGAAGACUAUUUUGUCACAGGAUCUGCUGAAGGGAAUAUAAAGGUAUGGAGUCUGUCUAACGUCGGUCUUCUUCAUACUUUUAUCAACGAACAUUCUCGACAGUCUAUUUUCAGAAAUCUUGGGACAGGUGUCAUGCAGAUUGAGACAGGACCAGCAAAUCACAUAUUCUCAUGUGGAGCUGAUGGGACAGUAAAGAUGCGAAUCUUGCCUGAUCGAUUUAGCUCAUUCAGUGAAGUGUUGAAAAAUGAUGUAAAACUCAUGGUCUAAUGUGGUGUUAUCUCUGUAUUUUCCAUGGAAAAUAUUUUAAAAGCAGUUGACAGAUGUAAAGUAUGAUGAUUGUUCAGCUAGCAUCACAGUGACAUUUCCCACUGUUUAUAUUUAUUUCUUGGAGCUUUAGUCCUUGAUGCACUGAUGCCUUAAAGGUUAACAAGUUCCUUCUAGUAUUUUGCGUAAAGAAUCUUAGAAGAUUCUGUAAACAUUUAUAAUAUGCAUGUUGCUGAAGUGUUCUUAAUUUGUGAUAAUGCCUCAUCCCGUGUAGGUAGGUGGACAUGGGUCUUUUCCUUUACUUUUCUGUAAAGACACAUGGAAGUCUUAUGAUGUCAUGUCUUAGUCUGAUAAACAGAACUUUGGUUGCCAGAGUCCUGCUUCAAGUUGGCUGUGAAUAUGGUUUGCCUUAGUGUAAAACAAACUCUCACCUCUGAAGCAGAUUCCCAUGCUAUAAUGGGAGUUGCUGGUGGAGGCAUUUUGUAAGGCAUCCUUACAGUUGAGUCACCAUCACUACCUAAUUCCUGGAAUCCUAGUUUAUCAUUGUUACAGUUUGAAUUCUGUCUACAGAUCUGAGACCCGAAAAGAUAAACCUUGUUUUGGGACUUUCCAUGCUUGAAUUGCUGCCAUAAGGAUGGCAGAAUCACCCUUAAACCAAGAGAUAUACAGAAUAUAUAUAUUUUUAACUCUGAGCCCGUUUUCAAAAUAUGCAAAUAUUGUGUGAAUACUUUCCUCAUAAAACUAUAUAAGGAUGAUAUUAAAAUUUUCAUACACACAGCUUUAGUGUUAAUAGGAAGAGUUAUCAGAAUGUUUGGCAUAGGAUACCGGAUCUUUCUUUUGUAAGGUUAUGUGUGUUUAAAUGUAAGUAAGAUUAUAGGAAGCAGAUAAAUAAUACUAUUUACUCUUAACAAUGAAUUUGUUUCAUUGAGUCCAAAGAUGCUGAUUUUUCCCCAGCACAUAGUAUUUAGCUUUGUAAUUAUCUUUCUGAA